GCUGAGCUUCCGCCCUACAGGUAAGAGCGAUGACGUCAUAGAGGAUUCCAGUCCCGAGACAUAGAAAGGAGCAAAAAGACGGCGAAUGGUGACCUUAGGAAAGGUUUUUGCUUUUUAUUUUGGCUGCGGAAAGAAAGAUAUAAACAAUGUGUGCAUUCGAUCAACAAAAGGGUCCACGUCGCCUGAUGAGAAAAGGUAUAGCACUGAUAAUAGUCGGGCACAUUAACUUCAUCCUGGGGGCGAUCGUGCACGGCACGGUCUUACGGCACAUCUCCAAACCCAGUGGCCGAAUCACUACGGAAUAUUCAGCGGCAAACAUUAUCGCUGUUUCGUCUGGACUGUUGAGUAUUGCAACUGGUAUCAUUGCAAUUCUGGUGUCAAGAAAUCUUCUUAAUAGAAAGCUGCAAGUGGGUCUCCUGGUGGGUUCGUUCCUGAACACCCUGCUCUCCACUGCCUGUGCCGUGGGCCUCCUGCUGGCCAUCGGCCUGACCAUCCACGGCGGGGGGCACAGCCUCAUGCAGGGCUGCAACUUUACCGCGGCCCCCGCCGGCGCCCGCUCCUCCAUUGUGGCCAACUGCCCUUUCGACACCACCCGCAUCUAUGACACCACCCUUACCCUGUGGUUCCCGUGCACGUGUCUGGCCGCAACAGAGGCUGGGAUCUCCAUGUGGUGUUUUAUCAUCGCACUGACGCUGCGAGGCUUGUGGCCUUGUGGUCAUAACUACAUGAAAGAUCAGCACGAGGUGGAAGAGACCGUGGCUAUCAGGAAAGGUAGAGAUCCUGAAUGUUCUGCUCAGGAGGUACUGCUUGUUGGGCACCAACCUGCCCGCACAUAAGGACUCGGGUCUCUGAGGUGGUUACUGUGAACUGCUGGCCGGUCCCUUCCAUGAGUUUGCAGCACAGAAAUAACGACAGACUGAGUAAUGCCAAAAAGACCUUGCUGAAGUUCCCAUGCAAUUUCAUCACGUUUCAUGGGGGAGGGGGGAAAGCGUGCGCGCGAUUGUACGAAAAAUAAUAACCUGUAGUUUUGCAUGACGGGACACAUCCUCCAUUUGCCUUUUUAAAUAGAGAUUACUGUCUUGUCAUUGUCGUGUUUAGACUUUGUUUCCUCAUGUUGACUCUUCAGGCCAAUAAAAUAAUCUCUAAUGAAAUGUCAAAUAACGCUGACAUUCUUUCCAGUGAAGCAUCUUGCAGUGCUUCUCAUCUGAGGUGAGUUUGUACACUUCUGGAGGAAGAAGUCAAGCUGUUAUAUUACGUUAUUGUGUAUUCAAUGGGGGGACAACAGUGUUCAUCUUAAAUGUCACUUUCCGCUAAGACUAAUACUUAAAUGCUUAAUGCUUGUUAUGAGCAUGAAAGGAGACUCCUUCAUACUACCUGUCUGACUACAGACCUUACAAAACUCAGUGACACCACAGUCACUCUUCCUUGUCUGACUGGGCGCAUCGUUGCCGUUGUGACUUUGAGUUGGCGAGUGGCUAAACUUCAAAGGCCGUGAAUCUGAAAAAGGUUUUAAUUUACAUGAAGUAAUGAGCAUUUUGUAGUAUUCUUCUGUGUUGUUUUUGUGUUGAUUUCUUUUUUAUAUACCAAAUGUCAUGAUUGCAUUUAUACUUUAAUAAAAAACAGUAAAGCUCCA